UCAUUUCUCCUUUUUCUUUUUUAAAGAUCGAAUUUAUUUCAUUCUGAACGCGCAAAGUGCAGAAAAGUGCAGCUCUGUUUUCCGAAACGAGCAAAUCUAUUAUCUCGCGAGUUCCACAAAAAAAUUUCUCUCUUCAACAGCUUUUGAUAGCCGAAACCGGCUAAAUGUCGUAUUGAUAAUCGAAAUGCAAGGUGUACAGCAUCUUGUUAUGUGUCUUCAAAUAUCUAGAUGCGUUAGCACGUCCAGUGCGUGCUUGAAUAUCCAUAGAGAAAGUAGAUUUAUGAAGAAAAUAAUUCAUGGAAGUCACAAAUCGAAAAAAAAGUGGUAUGAUAAUAACACAGACUUACGCAGUACUGUUAACAUUAAUCCAACCAAUAAUGCACCUUCCUUGCAUACAAGACGCAGAAUGAUUAUCCGAGACAAGCUUUUCAUGGAACACAUAACAGACAUGAUGUCGAUGGGAGAAGUGGAUGAUAUCUUAAAAGGAGAUGUAGAGAUUACUCAUGUGAAAAUAACUCCAGAUUUCAAGUUGGUCAAUGUAUUUUGGAUACCUAGUAAUAAUGCACUCAUUGAUGAAGAAGCAUUGCAGAGGUGUGCCAAAAUUAUACGGCAUGAAUUAUCGCAGCUUCGUGUCAUAGGUAUAGUGCCGCCAAUCCAGUUUGUACAAAACAAACAAUUUGCUAUACAGAAGGAAGUCGAGAAAAGAUUAGCAGCGAUCGAACAGUUUGAACAGGAGAAUAAUGAAACUUCAUGUUUUGAACAAGAUCAAUUGAAUAUUCCUGACAAUGCCGACCAGACUUUAAGUAAACAAUCAAUUGCAAACCGCGAGUCUGAGAUAGAUGAUUCUUAUAUACAAUUACCAAAAAUGAGACACGAUGUAUUAGGAUUAGAUCAUCAUAAAAUCAUGUCUCAGAUUACCGCUGCGGUCUCCAAGUCGAAUAAGGCUGCACAAAGGCAAAUAUUGAAUACAAAUACUAAUACGGAUGAAAACUCUCAGAAUCUAGUCUCAAAGAAAGUCGAGUAUCUAACCCGAAAAGAGCAAGAAAAGGUCUUUUCUGAGUUUUUAAUGAAGAAACGAAGAGAGGAAAGACGUAGGAAGCGUUUGAUACAAUCGCAUAAACGGGAACUGUUAAAUAAUUUUGAAGAAGAGAUGGAGGAAUUUGAUUAUGAAGAAUACGAAAACGAUAUCGGUUAUAUCGAAGACUUCAAUGAUGAGACGCAAAAAUGAUUUUAAAAUAACUUGAAAAAAAUAUUUAUUCAAUAUAAAUAUAAUACUAAUGCUCGACUUUCUGUACAUAUGUGUACAAUAAAUAAUUUAUUAGUAAUAAA